AUGGGACGCUACAACGAGGGGGAGAGGCUUACAAUUGUGGGCAGUUUGAACCUUGAUAAUGACGCCAAGAACAUGAAACAGAACGACGACCAGGUUGUUGUCCAUUUUGGCCCAUCGUUAAAUUUGGAGGCGGUCAUCAGUCUUUUACCCUUCUCGGUUGACUGUAAGCGCGACGGCACCUCCCAAAUCAGGCUGAACGAUCAGGGUUUGCUUAACAUUCAACACUGGCGCCCCAAACUCGACCAAGUUCUCGAAGCGGCGGAACAAAAGCCUUUAGGAAGUGAGGACGAGUCAGCCUACCCCGAGAGCGUUGCGCUCGAUAUUACGUUCAUUGGCUACGAUCAUUUUUAUGGUAUUCGUGAGCACGCCGGUCCCAUGGCGCCGAAGCAAACACGAGCGGGGGUUAAUGGCCAGUACUCGGAGCCUUACCGCGUAUAUAAUACGGAUGUCUUUGAGUAUGAAUUGAAUAGCCCCAUGAUUCUUUACGGCGUCAUUCCCUUCAUGCAGGCUCGCCGCACCACAGCGCUGCCUCAGGAGGUCUCAGUCGCCUACCACCAAUACCGAUGGAACUAUGUCUCUUAUGAUGACGUCAAGGAUGUAGGUCACGGUAUGGAUAGGUUUAGGAUUCCUUAUGAUGCUAUUUGUAUGGGCAAACAACUCGAUGCAUUUGGCCGCAAGUUUAUCGUCAUCAUCGAUCCCCACUUCCAGAACACAAAUGGCUACAAGAUUGUGUCGGAGCUCAAGGCUAUCGACUUAGCUGUCCAUACUAGAGACGGCGAUAUCUUUGAAGGUCACUGUUGGCCAGGCGCAUCGCACUGGAUUGACUGCUUUAACCCUGCUUCUGUUGAGUGGUGGAGCGGUCUCUUCAACUACACUGUGUCCAGGGGCACCAUGGAGAAUACCUUUGUCUGGAACGAUAUGAACGAACCGUCAGUCUUUAACAGCCCGGACAUCACUAUGCCCAAGGAUAACUUGUAUUUUGACAAGUGGGAGCACCACGAUCUACACAAUUUAAAUGGUACGACAUUUCACAACGCGACCUAUCAUGCCAUGAUGUCUCGAAAAGCAGGUGAGCUGCGCAGACCGUUUGUUCUCACCCGUUCCUUUUUUGCGGGAUCACAGAGUUACAGAGCAGCAUGGUCUGGCGAUAAUCAAGCCUCUUAG